AUGUCUAUUGGCGUGCCGAUCAAAGUCCUCCACGAGGCUGAGGGUCACAUCGUGACGUGUGAGACGAACACUGGCGAGGUGUAUCGGGGCAAGCUCAUCGAGGCAGAAGACAAUAUGAACUGCCAGAUGUCCAACAUCACGGUCACAUACAGAGACGGCCGCGUGGCUCAGCUGGAGCAGGUGUACAUCCGGGGCAGCAAGAUCCGCUUCCUGAUUCUGCCCGACAUGCUGAAAAACGCGCCCAUGUUGAAGAGCAUGAAGAACAAAAACCAGGGCUCCGGCGCCGGUCGGGGAAAGGCGGCCAUCCUGAAGGCCCAGGUGGCUGCGAGAGGGAGAGGACGUGGAAUGGGACGUGGAAACAUCUUCCAGAAGCGAAGAUAA